UUGAGUCUAGGCUGCCAGAGAGGGACAAUGCCCUCUCUCUUUUUCCCGUGGCUGCUGUAUACGGCCCUGCCAAGUCUGCUGUGGGCCUCGCAUGUCACUCUCUUAGUCGAAGGGGACAAUGAUGCCUCCAGGAUCUGCAAGCCUGCUCCCUCCUGGCACAUAAACGGACACGCACCCAUGCAAGAGCAGCUGGGAAAUGUCGUGGUGGUGGCUCUGCUGCAGGCCAGCUGACAGUUCUGCCUCACUCAGGCCUCCAAGCUCAAAGGCCUGCGUGACAACCUCAGACACAGCAAUUUGACAGCCGUGUCUUUCAUGAUCGUGAAUAAGCGUGACCCUCAGUCACGAGCCAUGUUCUGGGAGCUGAAGAGAAGAACGCCCCCUGGUAUUCCUGUUUAUCAGCAGGCACCCCUUCAAGCUGACGUGUGGGAGGCCCUGGAUGGAGACAAAGAUGACUUCCUUGUGUAUGAUAGGUGUGGUCUGCUCAGCUUCCAUGUGGUGCUACCUUACAGUUUCCUGCAUUUACCCUAUGUAGAGGCUGCAAUCCGAGCCACCUAUCUUAAAAAUAUAUGCAACUGCACUGCCAACUCUACUUUGUCAAGUGGAUUGAUCAGCACCACAAUGAAUGUGACCGCGCCAUUAGGACAAAACAAGAAGGAAACUACAUCACCCAGAGUUCAGUUGGGUGUCAAUUCCACAACAGUGCAAAACAAUGAUGAGCACAUCCACCAUCAACCUCAUCAGCACCGCCACGUCAGUCAUCAGCAUCACCCAACUCAGAAUCACAACAUUCACACUCAUCGUCAUAUCCACACUGUCAGUUAGAACUAUGAUCAUGUUGCCAUCUGUUAUGAAGACUUCAUUUAGCUUCUUCAUAUUUUUUUGUUUCUCCUUCAGCACCUGAGGAUGUCAGUAUUUUGCAUUAAACAAAGCAUGCUUAGUUUCAGGAUAAUAUUAUAUUCCAUCAUAUUCACAAUAUUUUGUAAUUGCUGAUUUUUGAACUCACUAUCAUCUGUUGUAGUGCUAGUUCAUCCAUAAUUAAGCAGACAACCUUAACUUUUUGAAACAACUA